AUGACGCGCCGUCCACCACCUUCCCCACUGGCCUUUGGCCCGCAUUCGUGGCGGGAGGGACCUUUCCUUCGCUAUGACGUUGUGUCGUUCCAACCAUUCGGAAUUGAGCCUUAUCAAUCGGCAGCCCUCUGCUGGCCACACACAGAAAAAUACGUGCACGCCUGGCAUUGGCGACAGGGGCUGCAGCCGCAAUCACGCAUUGUUUUCUCAAUCCAGCAAGCACGCCGAGAGGCACGUCCCAGCAGUGGUGAGCGCCGAUUGCCCGUGGGCGCGAACGCUAUCAGAAACAAAAGCGGACACAAAAGCGGACCGAAUCACCUGUGGCCCACCCCCUCCCCCACCCCUCUCCCUGGCUUCGCCUCGUCGUUCAUACGGAGAUUCCCUUUCCCGCUUGUUUCUUUUGUUUUCCUUUUUUCUUUUUCCGCUUUCUUCCAUUCGGAAAUGCGGGAUUGGCGCAGUGCGCUGUGCGGGUGCACCCGCACAGCGCACUGCGCGAACGGACAGCUACACGUCGAAGAACUAAAUGAUCUGGUGGUUCCUCCGGUUCGGCCCCAUGGCGCUUGGCAGAGCACGCAAUUGAUACGACUACACGCUCACAAUCCCGUCAUGGCCGCCCUUCUGGAUUUACCGUUGCCGGGAUAG